UAAUUAAUAAACAAUGUUUUCUUCUUCCCACAAGGCCACAACCACCAUCGCCGCCGUCACCAACUCGACGAAGAACACCAUCGGUGUUAACCUCUUCAAAAGUUAGAGUCUAAAUGCAUAUCUACAAUUCCUCAAUUCAUGCUGUUUGAUUCCCUACGAACUUCCUUUUACUGUUUUUUCUCUCUACAACACACCUUCUCCUUCACUCGACCUUUUCACAAGAAGAUUUUCAGUCUCUCGGGCUCAAUACUUCCUGUAUCAGCAACAAUGGAGUCCCAACUAUCUUGUGUAUUAGUACUAAGCGGAAAAUCAGAAACAGAGAAGGAAUUAGCAAAGUCUCUGAAGGAAAAUUCAUCCCUUAAACUUGCAGACGAUCUGAAAUUACGAACUUUUUUGCAAUCUGAGAUCGAAAUGCAAUCGGAAAACAACGAAUUUAACAUCGACACUUACAUGGAUUCUCUUACAACUACAUCCUUCGGAAGAUUUCUUCUUUCGUCCCCUAGAUUACCUUCGACUCAAGACGUGGUAUCUCUAAACUUCUGUGAGAUUCCGAUAGGUUCCAUGUGCAUUGCAGAUGUUCAAUUCAAAGGAAGAGGAAGAUCACAAAAUGUAUGGGAAUCUCCGAAAGGCAGCCUUCUCUUUUCAUUUACAAUGCAAAUGGAAGAUGGACGUGUGGUGCCUCUUGUUCAAUAUGUUGUAUGUCUUGCUAUGACUGAAGCAAUUAAGGAUCUUGCUCUUAAAAAUGGAAUUCCACCUCUUGAUGUUAGAAUAAAGUGGCCUAAUGAUCUUUAUUUAGAUGGAAUUAAAGUGGGAGGAAUUUUGUGUACAUCAAAAUAUCGAUCUAAGAAGUUUCAUGUUAGUGCUGGAGUAGGAUUAAAUGUUAACAAUGAUAAGCCAACAACAUCUUUGAAUGCUGUAUUAAGGAAGUUGAAUUCUGGUUAUCAACUACAAAGAGAAGAGAUUACAUCAGCAUUUUUUAAUAAAUUCGAGCAUUUCUUUCAUAUUUUGAUAAACCAAGGCUUCCAACCUCUUGAGGAAUUAUAUUGUAAGACAUGGCUUCAUAGUGGGCAGAGGAUUAUUGUCCAGGAACAAAAUGAAAAUCAAGAUUUACCGAUAGAAAGUGUGGUUACUAUUCAGGGUUUAACAUCUUCGGGAUAUUUGAUGGCAAUUAGCGAUAAUAGUGAGAUAUGUGAGCUUCAUCCGGAUGGCAAUAGUUUUGACUUCUUCAAAGGACUUGUGAGGAGAAAACUUAACUAAGAGGCUUGGAUUUCUAAAGUAGGUUACAAAACUUCACAACUUGAUGUUUUUAAUCAUUUAACAAUGCAAUAAUAUUUGUUUUUAGUAACUCUAUCUAUCAUUGACUUGUACUAUAUAUGAUAAUAACCUAUUCUUAGUUAA